GCGCCGUCGCGCGUUGAUGACGUAGAAUACCUCCGUGAAACAAACAUGGCGACUCCGGUACCGGUUGUGGAGGAGGCGGAAGAUUAUUCCUUUUUGCCCAUUGUUCACGACGUUAUUAAAUGCAUGGACAAGGACAGUCCAGACGUGCAUCAGGAGCUGAACAAACUGAAGACGAAGAUCCAGGAGGCUCGGGAGCAGAUUUCUGGCAUGCCGGGGAUCGACAUGAGUCCUGCGCUUCAGGAGAACAAACUACAGACCCUCAGAGAGCAGGUCCAGACCAAGAACCAGCUUCUGCAGAAAUACAAGAGCCUGUGCAUGUUUGACAUCCCCAAACCUUCGUGAGAGAAAACAUGAACACUUGUUCACACCGAUAGAGGCCACACUGA